AUGUCGCUCGACAAACCAACCGACCUAUCGGUCGCUAGUGCCAUAAAGACCAUCCACCAGACAUCAGAAACCUGUUCCCCGACAUCUCCACCCUCAGCAACAGAAAGACGUGGCUCCUCUUUCAUGAGCUUCUUCUCAUCCAUCCUCGGCUCUAAGAAUCCACUCGCGCAGCCGGCAGACCCUCACAAAAACACCGUGUGGCUGCUGGACAAUACAGCAUACCAACCCGUAAAUGACGAAACAGACGAGAUCCCGACGUGCUGGCAUGCCGAGGUCGUCGCCUGUAUAUUCGAAACAGACGGCAGGAAAGAUGUCGGCAAGCUCGUCGCCACCAUCGCCGACUACAUCGGGCUGGACGGUGAGCUGGGCGGCGACCAGGAAGCCCGCAGACGUAUCGAAGAGCGCAUCCAACCCUUCGUCAACCAGGUCUCGCCGUCUCGCACGGUCACGCUGCAGGUACCCGUGACUAGACCGGCACAGUCGCACGGUCUCGGCCCAUCCGACCGCAAUGGCAUCGUCAGCCAGACGGUCGAUAUGGGCGCAGUGGGUGUGUACGAUGGGACGAUUGUGCGACCACGACUGCAGGACUUCGGCGAUGAAGCCGUAGCGAUGCACACGACUUUUGCUGCGCCGGAGGGCUGGCUGGUCAUCUCGGAUAUUGACGAUACUAUCAAGCGGACUAUGACGCUGGAGUCGACGGGGGUGAUCCGUACGACGUUUGCGGAUAUCCCCGAGCCGAUUGCUGGCAUGUCUGAGCUCUAUCGAUAUGUUCAUGAUGAGCUGAACCCGGCAUGGUUCUAUCUCUCUGCAUCGCCGUAUAACCUAUAUCCCUUCUUGCGUGACUUCUUGGAUGAGUACUAUUGUCCCGGCACGUUGGUGCUGCGUGAUUACUCCUGGAUGGAUAUCACGGGACUUAUCAGGUCGUUCACGGAGAAGACGCAGGAGUACAAGGUUGACCGUAUGGAGAAGAUUCAUGGGUGGCUGCCUCGUCGGAGGGUGCUUUGUAUUGGGGACUCGACGCAGAAGGAUCCCGAGGCUUAUGCGGAGAUGUAUAGUCGGUAUCCCGAGUGGAUUCAUGCUAUUGCCAUUCGUAAGGUUACGGAUGUGGCUCAUAUGGAGGAGAAAAAUCAGCCAGAGAGGUUUGAGAAGGCGUUUGAGAAUGUGCCGUCACAUCUGUGGACGGUCUUUGAGGAUGCGGAGGAGUUGUAUAAUUUUGUUGAUUGGCUGGGGAUGGAGGAUCAGGUUUUGUAG